AUGGUUCUCUCCAUGCUCCUGGCCCUCAACGCUGCCCCAGCAUUGAUGGGCACACAAGAAGCGAUCCGUCAAUCGCAAUCCAAAGAAAAGCGCGAGGAGCAUCGCGCCCGGCGGUGUAACUUGAUCGCGACGUGCGUCAAGCCAUCUAUCCGCAGUCGCGAGAUCAACGGACGGCAGGUCGUCUUGCGCGACAACAAGCUGUACAUUGACGCUGGCACCUCCUCUGAAGACAACCAUCCCAACACGGAAGAGAAUGAGCGCCAACACGGCCACCCCUUCGCUGGCUACUUCCUCCCGUACCCAGAUGCCGAGUUUGAGGGUCUCGUCAGCACCAUUACCGACGUUGCACCUAUCCUCAACUGGAUUUACGUCGACAAGGACACCGGCGAGGUCAAAUACGGCGUACGCGCCGACUCGCAGCCGCACGUAACAGGGCCUUUUGACUGCACACAUCUGGAUCGCCGAUUGAUGCUUGAGGGGUGGGAGGGCUUCGUCGCGGUCGAGGAGUACCCAGCCGUCUGGGCCAUCUAUUUCGACAGAGAUGAUGAUGGGCUGAAGGGGAAGAUCCCUUUUGGGACGAGAGUGCUGGAGAUUGAGCUGCAGCGGAGGGAAAAGAAAGUCACUCCCGAGGUCAUGCGUGAGGCUAGGCGGGAACAGGAAUUGUUCAGGUUGCAGAUGGAGCAGAAUCGACAACAGCAGGAAUUCGCUCCACAACAAGAGACGCAACUGGAUUUCGAAAGAACAGAACAGCCCGUACAGCAAACUCUGGAGGAAGAUGCCGAUGCCGAGUCUCAGGUUAUAGAUGCUUAUGAUGGUACACCUGCAGUUUCCCCUCAGGUCCCGCCAGAUACAGAGCACGCGCUGGAUGCCUGCGCGACACAACACCAAAGCGACAACAGGAAGCAUUCUGGCAAUGUCUCCCAAAAUCACGUUGGCGAAACAGAUUUGGCAGGGCUCAAGAUCAGCACCGGGGCGGAUUCAGACGCACUCGCAGAUCAUGCAGAGGAAACAGCCACCACUCCCACAGAUACAAAUUGCGGGGCAUCCAUAUGGUCAACGCACGAGAUCUCAAAGUCUGUGAAAGAUGAUUCGGCCGUUUUCCAUGCCACUCCAGACAGCUCUGUCCAGGGUGAUGAUGAGAUUGCCGCUGUAGAAGCCGUCUUCAGACAAAAUGAUGCCGUAGGCGCCCCUCCGCUUCUAUGGCAAAAGUACAAAAAGCCACAUGUUGAGGACGAGUAA